ACCGAUGUGAACAGACACCCCUUUUCUGGCCGUGAGGUUCCCAUCUCGAAUGGUUCUGGCUUUAUAAUAAGUAGUGAUGGCCUGAUAGUGACAAAUGCCCAUGCGGUCGCCAACAAGCGUGGUGUUCGUGUCAAACUGACCAAUGGUGAGACUUACAACGCCACAGUUCAGGAUGUGGACCAGGCUGCAGACAUCGCCACCAUCAAAAUCAAUGUUAAGAAUCCUUUACCAACGUUGCGUCUUGGCAAGUCAUCUGAUGUGCGUCAAGGUGAAUUUGUGGUUGCCAUGGGGAGUCCCUUUUCUCUUAAAAACACCAUCACAUCUGGAAUCGUCAGCUCUGCUCAGAGAGGCAGUAAAGAACUGGGUCUCUCCAACUCCAACAUGGACUACAUCCAGACGGACGCUACCAUAGAUUUUGGAAAUUCAGGAGGGCCUCUCAUACACCUGGAUGGUGAGGUCAUCAGCAUUAAUACCAUGAAAGUGACAGCAGGGAUUUCCUUCGCUAUUCCCUCUGACAGAGUCCGUCUCUUCCUAGACCGAUCUGCAGACAAACAGAACUCUUGGUUUGGAGAAUCGGGAUCGAAAAGGCGUUACAUUGGAGUGAUGAUGUUGACUUUGACCCCCAGUAUAAUCGAUGAGCUAAGGAUGCGAGACCCGUCCUUCCCUGAUGUUUCUCAUGGAGUUCUCAUCCACCGUGUGAUUGUAGGAUCUCCAGCCAACAGAGCCGGAAUGAAGCCAGGAGAUGUUAUUAUUGAGAUCAAUGGGGUAAAGGUGAACACGUCGGAGGAGAUAUAUAAUGCUGUCAGGACCAGCGAAAGCUUAAAUGUGGUGGUCCGCCGGGGGGCCGACCUGCUCAUGCUGCACAUGACCCCAGAGUCCACAGAGCGACAUCAAGUCAAGUAUUUAGUAAGAUUAAGAAAUGGUGAGUAAUGAGAAGCUGUCAUAGUUGGAGAUGUUGUAAGAAAGGAAUCAUCUAAAGAGUUGAACAGUUUUAGCAAACGCUGGACAUUUGUGUAGUAAACGUGUUUCUGGAAGCGUAUGAAAUAAUGUGGAUGAUUCAGACUACUGUACACUGGAUAAUCCUCAGUGUGUCUGCGCAAACUACACUAUCAGUAUUGAUUUGAAGGAAUAUCACUGAAUAUUUUGUUUAGGAUUGUCAUGAGGGCAACAAACACUCAAAGACCUUAAUAAAACUGGGUGCUCUUAUUGUGAAAAUGCUGAUGUUUUGUAUUGAGUCUCACAUUCUCAUGUUACGACGUUUGUAUUUUAAUACAUUUUUCUGAACAGCUCUGAUUUCACAAUAAACCAUUGGAAUAUUUAUGGAU